AUCCCAUAAUCCAAGGGUUUAUGAGGGGCUUUAGUGGCUCCAACCUCCAACCUCCCCAAAACCCAAACUUUCCUCUUCAAACCUUACUCCAAUGGCGCUUCUCCCGCUUCCAGUUUAACCAAACGCCGCCAUAAAAGAUUCAAGUUCUGUCUUCCAUCCCCACCAAUGCUGAAACUGUUAUCCUCCUCCUCUUCUCGCGUCCACUGCCUCUCCACAGCAACUCCGAGCCUCCUAGUCAAGCCCGAUUCCAAUUCGGUCUUCCAUGCAGUGGGUCGACUUACCGGGUUGACUCGGAGGAGCCCCACGAAUUCGCUCUUCAGGGCUUUCUUCUGUUCCGAAUCCAGCGAUGGGUCCGGGUCGAAUUCCGGGUCCGAACCAGUGGUUGAGGUCGAGGUAAAGGGAGUCGAGUCUGAGUCCAAUGGGUCUGACUCGAAAGCAUCGUCGGCGAUCGUGCCGACUUACCCCAGGCCAGAGGAUUAUUUAACGGUUUUGGCACUACCUUUGCCACAUAGACCUCUUUUCCCAGGUUUCUACAUGCCCAUUUAUGUUAAGGAUCCUAAGGUGUUAGCAGCUUUGCAAGAAAGCCGGAAAAGGCAAGCUCCAUAUGCUGGUGCCUUCCUUCUUAAAGAUGAACCAGGGACAGAGUCCAGCCCUAGUUCUGAAACAGAGAAAAGUGUAUAUGAUAUUAAAGGAAAGGAGUUAUUUAAUCGUCUUCAUGAAGUUGGCACCCUUGCCCAGAUUUCAAGUAUCCAAGGAGAUCAGGUUAUCCUUAUUGGUCACAGGCGGCUUCGAAUAACAGAGAUGGUCAGUGAAGAUCCCCUUACGGUCAAAGUUGAUCAUCUGAAGGAAAAACCUUAUGACAAGGAUGAUGAUGUCAUAAAGGCAACAUCAUUUGAGGUUAUAUCAACCCUAAGAGAUGUUUUGAAAACUAGUUCCCUUUGGAGGGAUCAUGUUCAAACUUAUAGUCAGCAUAUAGGUGAUUUCAAUUUUCCAAGGUUAGCAGAUUUUGGAGCUGCAAUAUCUGGUGCAAACAAAUUGCAAUGCCAACAAGUUCUUGAAGAGUUGGAUGUGCAUAAGCGUUUACAACUUACAUUGGAAUUAGUGAAAAAGGAAAUGGAAAUCAGCAAGAUUCAGGAAUCAAUUGCAAAAGCAAUAGAGGAAAAGAUAAGUGGUGAACAACGGCGAUACUUGUUGAAUGAGCAGCUUAAGGCGAUAAAGAAGGAACUUGGGUUGGAAACGGAUGACAAAACUGCACUUUCAGCAAAGUUUAGGGAAAGACUUGAACCAAAUAGAGAGAAAUGCCCACCUCAUGUCUUGCAAGUUAUAGAAGAGGAGUUAACAAAACUACAACUGUUAGAGGCCAGUUCGAGUGAAUUUAAUGUAACUCGUAACUAUCUGGAUUGGUUGACAGUACUUCCUUGGGGAAAUUACAGUGAUGAGAACUUUGAUGUCCUUCGGGCGCAAACAAUUCUUGAUGAAGACCAUUAUGGAUUAACUGAUGUUAAGGAAAGAAUAUUGGAAUUUAUAGCUGUUGGAAAACUCAGAGGAACUUCACAAGGUAAAAUUAUCUGUCUCUCAGGUCCACCUGGAGUGGGCAAAACUAGUAUUGGUCGUUCCAUUGCCCGUGCUUUGAACCGUAAAUUCUUUCGGUUCUCUGUUGGAGGACUGUCUGAUGUUGCGGAAAUCAAGGGGCAUCGUCGAACCUAUAUUGGUGCUAUGCCAGGAAAGAUGGUGCAGUGCCUGAAAAAUGUGGGCACAGCAAAUCCUCUUGUGCUAAUUGAUGAGAUAGACAAGUUGGGAAGGGGACAUGCUGGAGAUCCAGCAAGUGCUUUGCUGGAGCUCCUUGAUCCUGAGCAAAAUGCUAACUUUUUGGACCACUAUCUUGAUGUUCCAAUUGACCUAUCAAAGGUUCUGUUUGUUUGCACAGCAAAUGUUGUGGACAACAUACCAAAUCCCCUCUUGGACAGGAUGGAGGUAAUUGCUAUUGCUGGGUACAUCACUGAUGAGAAAAUGCACAUUGCCAGAGACUAUCUGGAGAAAACUGCACGAGAAGCAUGUGGUAUCAAACCUGAACAGGUUGAGAUAACUGAUGCAGCUCUUCUUGCCCUAAUAGAAAACUACUGCCGAGAAGCAGGGGUUCGAAACCUUCAAAAGCACAUAGAAAAGAUCUAUCGUAAGAUUGCUCUUCGACUUGUGCGAGAAGGAUCAUCAAAUGAAUCUGCCAUUAGUGGAGAGGUGGUCCAACCUGCUGAAGCCACAGCAGAAGUUGUUAAUGAAUCUGAUCAGCAUGCAGGUGCAAAUAAGACUGGUGUUGAAGUUGAAUCAGUAGGGGACAACAGUCAUGAACAUACCUCUGAAACCUUUGUUCAGGUUGACACAGUUCAGACAAGUGAUCAGCCUAAGGAUUCAAAGGAUGCAACAGAUGCGGAGAAACUUCAGGAAGCUGAAGUAACUAAGGCAGUUGAGAAGGUGUUGGUGGAUAAUUCAAACCUAGCCGAUUUUGUUGGGAAACCAGUUUUCCAUGCAGAGCGCAUCUAUGAUCAGACUCCAGUUGGAGUUGUGAUGGGUCUAGCUUGGACUGCCAUGGGUGGUUCCACCUUGUACAUUGAAACAACUCAGGUUGAGCAAAGAGAGGGGAAAGGGGCCCUUCAUUGCACUGGUCAACUUGGAGAUGUUAUGAAAGAAAGUGCACAAAUUGCUCACACACUUGCUAGAGCCAUUUUACAGGAGAAAGAACCAGAUAACCCCUUCUUUUCCAAUUCCGAACUUCAUCUCCAUGUUCCUGCUGGGGCCACCCCAAAGGAUGGGCCCAGUGCCGGUUGCACCAUGAUCACUUCUAUGCUGUCGCUUGCCAUGAAGAAGCCCGUUAGGAAGGAUCUAGCAAUGACUGGGGAAGUGACUCUAACAGGGAGGAUUCUUCCAAUUGGAGGGGUGAAGGAGAAAACAAUAGCAGCAAGGAGGAGCGAAGUGAAGACCAUCAUAUUCCCGUCUGCUAACAGACGGGAUUAUGAUGAGCUUGCACCCAACGUUAAAGAAGGUAUUGAUGUUCACUUUGUAGAUGUCUACAGUCAGAUAUUCAAAUUGGCAUUUGAAUAUGAUAAUAGUAAUACAGGAAAUUAGGUUCUUAUUGCCAGCCAAUGGUUUAUAUACACCAUUGUCCUGGUUUCUUCCUGAUUAUUCUUUGUAAUGCAUCCCGGAAACCAAAACCCAGUUUUGUAUUUGUCUUACAUUAAAAAUUUUCAAUCAGGAAAAUAUCAAAGUAGAGCACAAAUUUGUGAUCAUUGUUCCUCAACAAAGUCUGGGUUUCCAACAGACACAGGAAACAACAAAAGACAAAAAUUUGUUGUUAAUCAGAAUAUAUGUGACAGAAGCAUUUUCUUAUUA